GUAAUCCAAACACCACCCCACAAAAAGAGAGAUUGAGAAAAAGAAAAGUAAUUUCUCAAACUCUCUUCAUUCACACUUCUUCAAAUCUCUCUCUCUCUCUCAUCAAAUGAAGAAGAACCUAUGGGCUUGACGAAGACCCAUGGAAGAGGAAAAGAGGAAAGAGGCUGCAGCAAAAGCAUCAUCCAACAAUCAAAGCAUGAUGAUUAAUCAAGAAAUCAGCAGCGGCAGCUUAUUCGACAUAUCAUAUGCAGAAGCAGAAGCUGAUCAUCUUCUUCAGAAAAACUGCUCGUUGGGAUUCAUGGACGUUCAAGACUUCAGCUGCCCUUCUUCUGCAUUCGACGAUUUGCUGCACAAUAUGGUCUCUGAACCGCCGCCGGAGGUGCUCACCAACCCCGCCACGCCCAACGCCUCCUCCAUCUCCUCCUCCUCCACCGAGGCCGAUCGGAAAAAGAAUGAUGAGGAAGAACAAGAAGAAGCAAAUAAGUCUAGGAAACAAUUGAAACUAAAGAAGAAGAAUCAGAAAAGGCAAAGAGAUCCAAGAUUUGCUUUCAUGACAAAGAGUGAGAUCGAUCAUUUGGACGAUGGCUAUCGAUGGAGAAAGUACGGCCAAAAAGCUGUGAAAAACAGCCCUUUUCCCAGGAGCUACUAUCGUUGCACUAGUCCAGCAUGUGGUGUGAAAAAGAGAGUGGAGAGAUCUUCAGACGAUCCAUCAAUUGUUGUCACGACCUACGAAGGCACGCACACGCAUUCCUGUCCCAUCACGCCGCGUGGCGCCGCCGCUGGCUUCGGCGUCAUUCCGAUCGAAGCCUCCGCCUUCCACGGUGGCGCUUCGUCGUCCCUAUUCGACAUGCCUCAAAUCCUUGACUAUCCGCGGCCACUCCAACAACAACGGCCCUAUUUUACAAACUUGACACUGCACCCACCACCUUUGAGUACUAAUGCUAAUUCUAGGGUUCCUCCUCCAUUUUCGUCGGCGGCGGCGGCAACUAGAGAUCAUGGUCUUCUUCAAGACAUGCUGCCAUCUGAGAUGUUGAAGGAGCCAAAAGGGGAGUAGAGAUUAAGGUUUUUAAGUUAGUUUAAUUGAUAGUAUGUUUAAUUUUAAUUCUCAUAUAUAUUUAGUAACUAACUAGAUUUGAAAAUUUUGGGGGUUUCUUUUAUGUAUGAAUCCCAUUUCAUAGCUCUAUUGAUCAUGUAAAUUAAAUUUCACUAGGAGGCCUUAGUUCUUUUGUUCGUUCUUGUAUUUAAUCUAUAUGUUACAUAAAGAUUAUAUUUUUAAUUAA